UGUAAAAUCAAUUGUUAAAUCUUGUGUACUUUAUUUAUUUAUUUGAUUUUGAGUCAAAAUAAAGCAUAAUUUGUAACAAUGUAAAUAUAUAGCUUAUAUAAAUAUACAAAUUAAUGCCAGAAGCACAAGCAGACAGAAAUUUAAUCAUAAUUUACUGUAAAACUUAUGAACUUAGUAAGUGUAAAUUGAAGAAUAAUCUUAAUUUUGCACAAAAUAGUAAAAUGGCUCGAAGAACUUCUGUUUGAACUGUUUGAAUUUCUAUGUAUAUCUGUAACUAUAAAUAAUGAUGUGUAAAAUGUUUGCCUAGAAACAUUUUAAUAGUUCAGUGUGCUACAGUCAAUAUAAACCUUUACUCCUUUGGAUUAUUGAGGUGUCUCUUUCAGAAGGACAAGUAAGCUCUAUGUGAAAAUGGGAAAGAUUAUGUAAUGUCAUAAUGCUGUGCACUAACUGUCAGACAAUGAUUCUGCUUUAAAAUGCCUAUUUAAUGAUACAAAUGAGUUCUUACAACUAAUUGCAGGAUCACUUAAAAUAAUUUUGGUAUUUUUGUAAUGGCUUUUUUCUACCACAUGAUGGCGCUCGUCUUUUGUUUGUACAGCAUGGGGGCGUCUUUACCGUAUGUCAGGAAGUACAGUACUGACAUUUUCUGCACUUAAAUUUGCACAGUGUGGUUGGAUUAUAUUUACAGUUUUCAAACUUUAUCUCCCGAUUCUAACUUUACUCACGGGGGGCAUUAUGGUGGUGUUUGACAACUGUAACGUGCUGUUAGAUGUGAAGACUUUGCCUUUUAAAGAGAAGAAGAAGCUGAGGUCAGCUCUUCUGGAUAAUGGAGGAAACAUCACUUAUGUGGUCAACAAACAGUGCUCUUUUGUGGUGACCAGCAGUGUGGAUGAUCUGAGCAGUAACAGACAGAAGAGCAUUCACAAGCUUCAGAUACCUGUGGUUGGGAUGCAGUAUGUAUGGAGUUGUCUUGAUAAAGGUCAUCUCCUGCCUUUUGCAGAGCAUGUUUUGACCCCACAACUGACAGACCACAGUUCUCAACACAGCUCCCUACGUAAUCCAGGUAUUAAACACUUAUUGUUCUGCAUGAGUAUAUCUGACUGCCAUACCUUCAAAUUUUCCUACUGCAGAAUUUACAAAGGUGAUUAUGAUCUGCCUGAAUUUCCUUCACAUUUUCAAGUGGCCAAGUAUUCCUUUUUUAAGAAGAACAACUCGAAGCCUUUAUCAGUUUUGGAGCUGCAGAGUGCCAAAGGAAGAGCUGGUCAACAGUAUCGCGUCUUAUGUUCAAUCUUACAUGAAUCAGAGAAGAAAGCUGUAUGGGACAAGCUUGUGUACUGCAGCACCUCUGAAGAUGCUCUGGAAGCGUAUGUGAUGCUGAUGAAAGAAGAGAAAGAUAAAGGAUUCACACAGAUUUUUACACUUCCCCCUGAGGCUGAGCACUUGUCAUUCGACCGCUUAAAACAGCUCCUUUUGGAGGAGAAGCUGAACUGCAGCACACUAUCACAGGAAGUGGGCGUCUUUGUGGAGCUGGUUUGGACUGAGGCUCUUGGUUCCCUUAGUAAAAUUCUCACGGUCCCUGUUUCCAGGAUCAGCCUUAAUGAUGUGAGCAGGGUGGAGGGAUUGCUGCUGCAGGCACAAAAGACUCAAGAUGAGGAGAAAGUCAAGACCCUGCUGGAGGAGGUCAACACUCUUCUACCCCUUCAAAUAGCCGACCCUCCUUCCAAACACAAGCUUGUGUCUCAGAAACUAGACCUUUGUCAGCUGAUCAGAGAUAUUUUGAAUGUGAGUGAGGCCACUAUGAGAAGCCCCUUGCCCUCCUCUUUGGGAAAGUAUCGUGCCCUGAGGUGCAGCGUUGAUGUGGUCCCAUCAGAAAACCCUGAGUUCACUGUAAUCUCUCAAAUGCUUCAAGACAAGCCUAUUCAGAUUCAGAAGAUUUUACGUGUGAGCAGGGGGGUGGAGCUUCAGAUGUUUAGGGAGGAGCUAGGCAACAUUAAGCCCCUCCUCCACUCGACUGGCACUAACAGUUUUGUUGGAAUACUUUCACGAGGUUUGCUGCUGCCCAGGGUCGGAGUGGAACAACAUGGAAUUGAGAGGACAGAUAUCGGGAAUCUUGGAGGAGGCAUCUACUUCAGUGAUUCUCUGACGACUAGUGUGAAAUACUCCAAGCCCAGCAUAGCCGAUGGCUCUCGACUGCUGUUGGUGUGUGACGUGGCUCUGGGCCAGUGCAAGAACCUGCUGAAAAGAGACACCACUUUGACCUGCGCCCCCGAGGGCUAUCACAGUGUACAUGGAGUCCGCCGAACUCCAAAAACUACCUCAGAGUUUCAGGAUGAUGAGUAUGUUGUAUAUAACACAGACCAGAUCAAACUCAAGUAUGUAGUGCAGUACACUUUAGAGGAGGACCAGCUGACAGAGUUUCACCCUCAAAUCGACACUUCUGAGGAGCUCGCACAGCCCACCGAAAGAAUCUUGCCCAUUGAUGAGAGUGAAGGUCUGGAGUCCACUAAGAAUCCUCUAGAGGAGAUGACCGCAGGUCUCCUGGACAGCAGUGGCAAGACACUUCCUCUGAAGGCUGUCCAUGUGAGGUGCAAAUUGAUGGACUUGCUUUGUCAGGUCAUAAUUUUUCAGACUUACACAAACCAGAGUGAAGUUCCCAUUGAAGCGAAAUAUGUCUUUCCACUGGAGGAAACGGCAGCGGUGUGUGGAUUUGAGGCUUUUAUCAAUGGAAAGCAUGUCAUUGGAAAGGUAAAGGAAAAAGAACAGGCUCGUAAAGAAUACAGACAAGCAAUAGAGAAGGGCCAUGGAGCGUAUCUAAUGGACCAGGAUGCACCUGAUGUAUUUACUAUCAGCGUUGGGAACCUGCCUCCAGGAGCCACAGUUUUGAUCAAGGUGACCUUCAUCACUGAGCUGGUUGUGAGAGGAGGCUCCAUCAUCUUCUCUCUGCCCGGCAGUGUAGCACCGUGGCAGCAGAGCGCCGCUCUCAAUCAGAAAACUCAGGGAACUGUUGAGAAGAUCUCUGUGACAGAGCUUCAGUCAAAGGGGGAGUUCUCUCUGUGUAUGUCCAUUGAAAUGCCUUAUGAGAUCAUCAACUUAGAGUCUUCACACCUCAUCAAAAUCAAGAGGACAGACUGUAAGGCUGUGAUCAGUACUUUGCCAGGACAAACUCUUGGAUCUGAUGGGCUCCAGGUGACCUUCAGUCUUUCUAAGAUCCACAUGCCCAGAAUGUGGGUGGAGAAACAUCCAGACAAAGAGAGUCAGGCAUGCAUGUUGGUGUUUUAUCCAGACUUUAAGUCCAACUCUGAAGGUCCAUCCAGUGUGAGUGAUGUCAUCAUCCUGUUGGACACCUCAGAGUCAAUGCGGGGAGACGCCAUACUAAACGCUCGCAGGAUUGCUCUUCAAGUCCUUAACUCUUUAGACCGCUCACUAAAGAUCAACAUCAUCUCUUUUGGCACUGAUUACAAGGAAGCGUUUCCUGCACCAGUGCUCUUAGAUGAAACUUUUGAAUCAGCCAGAAAAUUCAUUAUGUCGUGUAAUGAAACGGGUGGCAGCACUGAGUUGUGGAGGCCUCUCCGUAGCCUGAGCCUGAUACCUCCAUCACAUGGCAUGAGAAACAUCCUGCUGAUCUCUGAUGGACACGUACAGAACCAGGCGCUGACUCUUCAGCUGGUCCGAGAAAACUCCUGCCACACGCGAGUCUUCACAUGCGGCCUCAGCCUGACAGCUAAUCGUCAUAUGCUCAGAGCUUUGGCUCAAGCAGGCGGUGGGACGUAUGAAUUUUUUGACACAAAAAUGAAACACACAUGGACUGAGAAGGUGCGUGCACAGGUUCAGCGGUUGGAGUCUCCCGGCUGCAGAUCAGUGGCAGUGAAAUGGCAGCAGUUUAAUCCCACAGCGCCCCCUCCUGUUCAGGCCCCCUCACAGCUUCACGCUCUCUUCAGUGACUGUCAUACACUCGUGUACGGCUUUGUGCCCCACUGCACUCAGGCCAUGCUGUUUGGUGAUCUGAGUGGACAGGAGAUAAAAACAAUGGUGUCAACCACAGAACUUCAAAAGACAAAAGGAACUUUUCUUCACAAGUUAACAGCCAGAGCGAUCAUCAGAGAUUAUGAAGAUGGCAUACUCGGAAACAGUGAGGCAGAACAUGAGGGAAAGAAAGCAGAGCUGAAGUCUUACAUAACUGAACUCAGUAAAGAGUUCUCCGUCUUGUCUCAGUUCACCAGCUUUGUGGCCAUUGAAGAGAGGGACCGGAAUCAGCUUGACACUGGAUUCACAGAUAUUCCUAAACUAAUCGCAGAAGAGGAUGUGGAUAUUCUGCCUUAUAUGGGCUGGACUGAGGAUAAAGAGGUAGACUUCGAAUGCAUGGCCUUGGAUUUGGACAGUGCUGUUGGCGGAGUUUUUGAUAUGUUGAUAGAGGAUUUUGAGUGGGAUAGCUGCAUUAAAAGUUAUGAAUCUCCUCUCAAAUAUGUUUCCAAACGUUGUAGCUCAGAGUCUCACUCUCACAAUGAACAGAUGUCAAAUUUAAAUUUGCAGGCUUUGCAAAUGACUGAUGUUGAAGCUGAAAUGUUCUCACAAUCAGAAGGAUUCUUUGAUGCUGAUUACACAAAAUUACAAGAGGAAUUUAGUUGUCUACGAUUAAUAGACACAAAUUUCCGCUUGAGAGAAAGACCUCCCUCUCCACCUGUGACUGAGAGGAGGAGGUGGAGGACAAGGCAAAGAGAUGUUAAUUCUCCUCCUGGUGCCCCUGAAGUUGAGCCUAGAAGAAGGUCUGAUAAACCUCGUAGGGGUUGUGAUGACCUUGGAGAAAGAAGACGUUCAUCAGAUAUGGAUUUAUUUGAGUGCAACAUGCGAAAAAGUGUCUCUUCUGCACCUGCUUUUUUUAGAGAAAGGGAACAUAUAAGAUCAUAUAGAAAACCAAGGUCAGGCAGGCGAGAAACAUACAGACGUGACAUAGUGGCCUGGGAUGAGCUAUUUCAGCUUCAGCAUGAGGAUGGAUACUGGGAAUGCACUGGGAGGCUCAGUAGCUUCCUCAGCCUGGACAUAGACUUUUUUGCUAAUGUCUUCCUUAAAGAGAAAGGCAUUUGUUCACUGGGUGCAAAGGCUCAUGCAGAUAUUUUGAGAUUGGUGGCCACUCUGUUGGUACUGCAGCUGAUUCGAGUAAAGAAGUCAGCCGAGGGGAAGCUGCUUCAGUCUCUCUUCUCUCUGAAAGACUCUGAGGGUCCCAGGCCAAUGCACUGGGAGGCUGUGAAGAAAGCAGUGGACUGGGCUUGCUGGGCAGAUAAACAAUAUCCAUGUGUGUGCAGCAGACUGGAGUUCGGCUGGGAUUGGGAAUCAUCCACACGCCAGUUACUGGGCUAUGAUUCCCCACUUCCAUACUCUCCACUCAUACCUGUUCUGGACAGGCCUGUGCAUGGCCAUUGGGAUUGAUUGGGCUUGAGCCCAGGGGCCCCGCUCAGUAUGGGGCCCACUGCUUGUGUUCAUUUGAUUUGUUCAGUAAUAUGAACGUUGUUUUCAUUUUCUUUUACAGCCUUUUGGUUGGUCUAGUGUGAUUAACUAGACCUAAACUUUGUAAGGAAUAGUGCAGUAAAUUCGUUAAAGGCGGGCUGCAUGAUCUCUGAAAGCCAGUGUUGAUAUUUGAAAUCACCUAAACACACACGCCCUACCCCAAUAGAAUCUGGACCUUCUUUUGAUUGAACCGCCCACACAUACACAACCCAGGCAAUGAUGUUGGUUAGUAGACACGCCCCUUAAUGCUGGUUGGCUACAAGUGUGUUUUGGUACUCGGCCCGACUCCCUUUUCUAAAAUGUUUUUCAAAAAUCAUGCACCCUGCCUUUAACUCCUGUUAGCGUUGCACAGUGACCAAAUCUUUCAAACAUGGUAAGGAGCGUCACAUUUCCAGCUGACGUCAGAGGUAUUCAGGCCAAUUGUAACGUACAGAUUAGCUGGCCAAUCAGGGACACAGAGCUUUUCAUAUCGAUGUGUUUUGUACAAAAUCAGUGCGUUUCAUGAAGCAAGGGAAAUCUGGAGCUACCAAAAUUUAUGGUAUGUGGAAAAUAAUGUGUUUUUUACCAUAAACCACGCAAACACAUUGUAUUAAACCAAAUACACAUUAUUAAUUUGAAUUAAUUUACACAUCAUGCAGUUAAUUUGAUUUUUGACAGUUCUAAAAAUACAUCAUUUAAUUUUAGACUUGGCUUAUGUUCUGCUUCAGAGAUAUAGGGGCAGUUUACUAGACAGGUCUUAUCCUACUCCCAGAAUAAAAUGCAUGUUUGAGCUGCCUUCAUUUAAAAACAUCUUGCACUGACAUAUCUUAAUAUAUAUCAUACCACUGUCUUGUCUCAACACGCACACCAGUAUUGUUUUUGUAAGGUUUGUUUGUAAAAACUACUUAAAUGUCCUAAUAUAACUAAGGCCUAGUCCUGGAUUAGUCUAAACCUUCUCCGGGAAACUGCCCUAUAUGAUAUAUUUUCUAUUUUAUGUUAUUUACUGUAUGUGCACUCUCAAAUACCCUUUCAAAUAGUACACCUUUGUAGCUAUACAGUGCAUAUAAUGAGUACAAAUGUACCCAUAUCUGUACCUAAAUGGUAAAUAUUAGGACCCAUUUAAAGGGUACCACCCAAGUGACAGCUUUUGUACUUUUUAUUCUUAGAGUGUAGGGCCCAAAAUGUACUCAAGCCCAGGGGACCCCACCCCGGUAAGUCCUGCACUGGGUUAAUCGGUUAUUUAGUAACUGGACAGAACUUUUCGUUUACAUUUCUUGUUUCAAUUUCUGACCUCAAAACUUUAUAACAAUGUCAAUAACAUUUCAUAAUUCUGUAGUCUCAAACAAUAUAUUAAAGAAUAAUUUACUCAAACAAUGAAA